AGUUUCAUAAUUAUUGUAAUAGAUGGUUGGAAUUGAUGCAGCUUGUUGCCCUGCCUUUAUUAUUAUCAGUUUACCUGGAUUAGGAAAAGCAGAAUAAUAAUUUUUCUGCAGAAGGAGCUUCAGGCAGCCACAGGCGGGCAGUUCUAUUGCACGGAUAUUGCCUGCAAGUACUGGCCCUACCUUGAGAGAUUGGCAGUCUCCAUGCUGGAACUGACCCCUUUAUUGCAGAUGAGACCAUUCCUCUCCGUCAUGCAUGCCAAAGCCCACUCAACAAAGUGUGAGGUAUUGUUGUCAUGAUCCUGGAAUUGUAAUUAUCAGGAAUUGUAAGUAUGGAACAAGGCUUGUUUAUUGUGUGAAGAACAAUAGUAUGUAAGUUAAUUUACUUUUGGAGGUGGUACUAAGUAGGCUUUACAGUGGUGCAAUUUGACAACCUUUGUUUAAGAGGAGGGCGAAAAAAACGCAGUCAAUACUGGUGUAUUGAUACUGAAAAAAAACGAAAGAUAGAGUUUAAACCAUUUUUAAUAUUCUGUAUCGAUAUGUAUUAUAUUUUAGCACCUUUGACAAUGCGUGUGUUUGUGUUUAAAACUGGACAGAUAAUCUGGAGUGGCAGAAAUCAAGAGGGUGCUGGCACAACUGCAGGAGAAGAGGUUGAAAUGGUGAACAGCUACCUUUCUCGUUGUGGCCUCACAACCAAGUACAUGACCAAAUCUGCCAGGAAUGACAUGCUCACCAUACAUGCCAUUGGGUGGAACAAGCGGAAGCAAGAUGGACUACAUCUUGCUUUGUCUUGCAGAUAUGUCAAGACACUGCAAAAGGCUGAGGCUGCGUCUCAGAAAUUACGUGAUUUGUGCAGUGACCUUGACUGCCCUGAGGACAUGGUGCACCAGUGGGUAGAGGACGUGAGACAGUGGGCGAAGGCUGAUGCUGUAGGUACCGGUUCUGAUGACCAGCACCAGCUUCAAAAAUCAAUUGAAGAGAUCUUUCUUGGGGUUCAUCAGAAAAAAGCGAACCUUUACAAUCAGACCGACAGCAACAAAAUUCGUCAUUUAAGGCGAAGAAAACUCUGGACAGAGAAGAAAAAACUCUUCGAAAAAAUCUGGCUUUAUAAUCAGCAGGUGCCAGAGGAGGAGCGCAUUGUUGAGGAGAAGGUGGAAGGAAAGCUGUCAUUGUUGGGGGGAAAUGAUGAGGAAGACAGUCUGAUCUGGCCAUGGGAGAUGCACAGCAGUGGUAUGAAGGAAUUUAUGUUUUAAGGCUAUUAUGUGUGUGUGCAUUCAAGUAUUUACAGUGUUAAUUUAAUUUAAAUAUGGAGUCAACAUAGUUUCUAUUGAGUUCCUGCGCCUG